GCGGCGGCUUUAGCGGCAUAGUUUGCGGCAUACGUAUAUAAUCGGUACGCACGCCGGUCUAUAUCGCAGCAGCGAUCACCAGCACGAGUACCACCACGCUAAGCGCCUCCCAAAGCUCAGCAACCUCACGCUGUAGCAGCACCGCCACCGCCGCUAGACGCCGUCGACGCGCAAAGCACACCGCCACCCUCAGCGCUAGACGCCAUCGACGCGCAACACCGGCGUCCUGCAACACAUAAAGAACGCGCGGGAGGAUCGAUUCCACAACCGUAUACCGUAUCGGUUUUCGAGGUGACGGGUACACAAUAGUCAUAGUUACACUGACCGCAGCCGCGAAGCCUCGCUCGUCGCGUUCGUCGCCGCGCGCGGCCGCCGCACCUCUCGUCCGCAGGCAUGGACUCGGCGACGGAGGAGCUGCGGCGCCAGCACAUCAAGACGCUCGAGGUGCUCCGGCGCUUCGCCGACGAGAACGCGCGGCUCCGCGAGGCCGCGCCAUGCGACGCCGUGGCGCUCGAGAAGGCGCUGCUGCGGCUCGACGCGCGGUGCGCGGCGGGCGCGGCGGCGGCGGCGCGCGACACGAUGUCUAUGCGCGAACAACUCGCGACGGAGCAGUCACGCGUGCAAGAUCUGGAGGCCGCGCUCGCGAACGAACGCGCCAAGGCCGCCGACGAAUGCGCGCGCGCGGCGGACGCCGCGGCGGAGGCCGACGCGCGCUGCUCGCGGGCGAGCGCGCGCGCGUCGACGGCCUCCGCGACGGCCUCCGCGACGAUCAAGCGCCUCGAGGCGGAUCGCGCCGAGGCGACGACGGCCGCGGAGCGCUUCCGCGCGGCGGCAGCAAUGCUGCGCGACGCGCGCGCGCGAGACGCGGAGUUGGUGCGCGCCGAGGCCGACAAGGCGCGCGCGAGCGCGGAGAACCUCCAAGCCGAGAAGGCGACGCUCGCGGACCGGCUCCGGGCGCUCACGAAGGAGCGGUUCGUCGUCGGCAAACGCGAGCACGAACUCGCGGCGCGACUCGCCGAGGCCGAGGCGCUGGCGGAGCAACGGCCACCGCCCGCAGUCGACUGUAUGGUGCAGACCGACGCGCUGCCUGCGCCGCCGCCGACGAGCGAGUUCGGCGGCUACGUGGAUCUGAAGCGAGAGAACGCGCGGCUGACGCGCGAGCUCGCCGAGCUGCGCAAGGCGCACGUCGCGCUGCUCGAGUCUUCGGCGCACGUGCCUCGCGGUGUGUCGUCGAAGAUGCGUGCUUCGAAGCUUGGUGUGUUUAGUUAAUCUUG